GGUUCUCCUUCUCCGACGUGCGCCUCUCACCUCGGUGCCCCUCCUUGCUUUUGCAGGGCCUCCCUCCUCCUUCUUUUUCCUUGUUGCCUUCUGCCUCUCCAUUCCAUGGAUCAGACUCGUAUUUUGGCUUGGAACUAUCGAGGUUUUGGAGAAACUUUUGCGAUUUCAGAGUUGAAAAAACUCUGUUUCCAACAUAAGCCCAGCAUCAUCUUCCUCUCUGAAACAAAGCGCACAGCGAUGGAGAUGACUUCAAUUCGCCCAGAUCUAGGUUUUGAUCAGUGUUUUGCUGUUGAUUGUGUAGGAAGGGGGGGCAGCCUCGAUAUGCUCUGGCGUGACGAUUUUAGCCUAACUAUUUCCAUUUUCUCCCAAUCUCACAUAGAUGUGGAAAUCGUUGAUCCGGGUGGGGGUGAAUGGAGAAUCACAUGGUUCUAUGGACGUCCAGAGGCUGCUCGAAGAGAGGAAUCAUGGACCCUGUUAAAAUCACUCAAAGCUGCCUCUUCUCAACCAUGGCUUUGCUUAGGUGAUUUCAAUGAAAUUCUGUGGCAAUCGGAAAAGGCAGGAGGGAACCAUCGACCAUAUAAACAAAUGGAAGUCUUUGCAGAGGCCUUAAACUUCUGCGACUUUAAAGCUGGUAAAGGGGCUCUAGAUCCCUUAUUAACCUAUGGUAGCCAGGGAUUGUUGAGGAUUGGAACAGAUGGGCACAUGUUUGGCUGCACUUGCAGACGAAUAGGGUACCUGGCGACUGCUCAGAGGAGGACCAUACCCCUCCUCUUGCUGAUUAUUUUUUAAGAACAGCUUGGAUAGCAACCUAUAGUUUGGGUACUAUUUGUUGCUAAAAUCCUUUGCUCUCCCCGAUAAGUUGAUUAAUUAGGUGAGGACGUCCAGUAGCUUUCAAUGCUCAUAGGGACCUUCCUUUCUACAUUAGUAGCUCUAUUUAACCCAUACAGCGAUUGCAAUUGCAAUCUCUAGUUGUAAAUGACUCUCUUUACUUAAUUGUCUAUAUUCGUCAUGGAUACAGUUUAAAUUUGUUAUUAAGCUGUAAGUUAUGCUUCUGAUUCUGCUUUUUAAACUCUCAUGCGUUAGGCUAUAUGCCAUGUGAUGGAGUUUUGUACUGUAAUUUCUUAUCAUUCAAUAUAUUUCUCCAUUUCUU